AUGGCGGACGCGCUGAUCGGGCCGCUGGUGGGGAGGCUCCAGGAGCUGGCGCUGAGCCAGGCGCGGGCGCUGGUGGCGGUGAACAAGGACAUCCGGAGGCUCCGCGACAAGCUCAUGUUCCUGCAGGCCUUCCUCCGGGAGGCUGACGCCAAGCGCCACCUCUUCUCCGACGAGAUCACCAGGGUGUGGCUGCAGCAGACGCGCGACGCCGUCUUCGACGCCGAGGACGCGGUCGACCACUACUACCUCCAGGUCGACAUGUCAAGGUAUCCAUGGUGGGCUCGUCCAAGUAUGAGAUAUGUUGCAACCUUUACAACACAAGUAAGCAUGCGACACAAGCUAUCUGCAAAAGUAAAGGAUAUCAACUCGAGGCUCGAGGACAUCAUUGAAAACAAAGACAGAUACAAAAUGGAGCUCAAUAACACGAAGUCGGAAUUAACAUGGAAAGCUUCUACAUCAAUAUCCUAUGCCCAUAGAAAUAUGGAUGAUUUACUGCCACCACAUGUGCCAAUACACGAAGGUUACCAAAAGCAACUGGAGAAUGUUCUUCUUACUCCCAUUGAUCAUGAGAAACUACAGAGUCAACAUCACCAUCCGGUCGUGAUCUCAGUGUUUGGAAAAAGCGGUGUUGGCAAGACAACUCUCGUGAGAGAAGUAUAUGAUAAAAUAGCUAAGAAGAAAAUUUUCCCUGUUCAUGCUAUGGAGAGUUUUGCACCCUAUAUGACGGCUAGCAAUAUCAUGUGGCAAAUCGUUCAAAAGCUGGCAAAGGAUGAUGAGAAUUGCACUAGAAGUGAUGUCGACAAAAAUUUUAAAGAUCAACUAAGAGGAAAAAAAUACUUGCUAGUGAUAGAUGGUGAAGUUAGCAGCACUGAGUGGAAGAACAUUCUGCAUAACCUCAAAGUUGGUGCUGAAGGCAGUAGAAUACUACAUAUCACACAACAUAAACCAGAAGAGCCACCUGUCAGCUAUCAUCAUGAAAUCAUCAAGUUACAAUCUCUUGGACAGAAGACUGCUAUAGAACUGUUCCAUAAGAGGCUACUCCAUAUUGAAGUACAAGAUGAAAAAUUGCAUGAGCACCACCAAGAAAUCCACAAUAUCACCGAAGGGUUGCCACUUGGUAUUGUUCUUUUAUCAGGUCUUGUACAAACAAAGGAAUUUCCUAGUGAGUGGACCAAUGUAUUUGACUAUCUUAAGUCCAGCCAAUCAAAGCGACUACACAGGAUACUAUCUUUGUGCUUUGAUGAUCUUCCACAUGAGCUGAAAUGUUGCUUCCUCUACUUUGCUGCAUUGCCGGCCAACAUCAAGAUUGAGUCCCAUAGAUUGGUGUGCAUGUGGAUGGCAGAGGGAUUCCUAAGACCAAGAGCGGGGAAGACAAUGGAGAAGGUGGGAUACAUCUACUUGAAUGAGUUGAUUGCAAGAAAUCUAGUUAAGCCUGUGCAUAUGGAUGAGGAAGAUACAUCUAGUGCUGGGAGUAUCUUUGUCACCAUCCAGAACAAAGUCCAUGAAUUUUUGCAGUUUGAAGCACAAGAGGCAAGUUUUGUGGAAGUCCACAGCGGUGAUGACAUCCCCACAUUGACAAGUGCUCGUCGCCUCUCUCUGCAGAAUUCCACAGAUAAAUAUGCUGUCCUAGCCAGUUCUUUGCCGAAGCUACGAUCCAUCUUCUCACAUUUUGAACAAGAUGCCAAAGAUCCCAAAGAGAAUCAAACUUAUUUAUGUUGCUCGCCUCAAAUUAGGGAAAUCUCUAAGUGGAAGAGGAACAAAGACAUCAAAUCUCAUAUACAAGGAUUAUUGCAUAGAUCUGAGUUCCUUCGUGUCAUCAAUCUACAAGGCAUUGAGAUUGGUAAGAGGUUGCCAGAUGAAAUAGGAAAUGUUGUGCAUGUGCAUUACCUUGGAAUUACAUCUUGUUCAUUAGAGGAAAUCCCACGAUCCAUUGGAAGGCUCACUAGUCUUCAAACACUAGAUGUGAGGGAAACUAAAGUUCGGGAGCUCCCAUUGGCCUUCUGGAUGAUUAAGACACUAAGGCAUGUUUUUGGUAGUUUCCUGAAAUUUCCUAAGAAAAUUGGCAGGUUGAAGCACCUACAGACACUUGACUCCAUACAAAUUGAUACAUUGGAGGAAGAAUUGGUUGGGACAUUAGGUGAGAUGAUCCAUCUUGAGUACUUAAGAGUUGGGUAUUCUCCAGAAGUCAAUGUGGUGUCUCUCUCAAAUGCUCUAAAUAGGCUUGAGAACCUUAGGACUCUGAUCAUAAAAGGUGAAAAUAUUCCAUCAAGUGUGUUCACUAGCUACACCCAUCGCCGCCUCAAGUUCAUAGUGCUAGAAGGAAAGCUGGAUUUGCCAUCUAAGUUGGAUGGUGUCUUUUUCCUUCCUAAUCUCGUUACUCUUUCACUGGUGAAAACAAGUAUAUCUCAAGAAUUCAUUGACAAGUUGGCUGAGUUGCCCUUUCUUGCCACCCUUUCCUUGUAUUCCAACUCCUGCAAGGAUGACCAUCUUGUCUUCUCUGCUGGUGGAUUUCGUUGCCUGAAGAAACUCAUGAUGGAUGUGGAAGAACUGAAGAGAGUCGAGGCAAACAAUGCGCUUCCAAAACUCAAAGAGUUGGAUAUUCACUCCCACUAUGGUGAAUAUUAUUGUCUCUUUAUUAAGGAAAACACAGAUAAUAAGAAGAAUUUUAUGGUUGAUCUCAAAAAGGAAAUUGUUGAAAGGAAAACGUCGAUCAUAAGAAGACUAUUUGGUUGA